CUCUACUCCAUCUGACAGCUGUUUACGUUUUGCUGUGUGGCUAGAUUGUUUCACGAUGUGGUUCAAUUUGUUUCGCCAGUAGGUAAAUGCACGAGCCUGACUUCCAUAACUCAAACGAUAGCUUACACACAGGGCCAGAAAGAGCGCAAUGAGCGAAACGUCAAAUACGAGCACCGUUUAUCACAUCGUAUUUUGAUUACCGGAUGGAGUCGCACCGAAACCACAUUCGAUCACUGAAACAGCAACGAUAGCGAAACAGAAACGCCGCGCACCAGGCAGUGAGAAGCUAUUUGUGUCCCGCGACACUCCGUACGUCGGGUACGCCCGGGUACGCCCCGGUCCGAUUGGUCCUGCUCUCGUCGCUGUUCGCUCACCUAGCCUAUGUACCUACUAUUCGUCAGCUGUUGGACGAACCACUACUUGGAAAGCACCACAGUGCGGCAGCGACCAGGAACAAACAGCUGCUUAGGGUGUUACACUGAGAAGCCGGUUCGCUGAAGCAUCCAGCAGCAGCAGCUGACGCACGACAGUUUAAUCUUUCCCGGCAAAGCUCUCACACCGAUGUGGUGUUCGGUAUUCGAUCCACUUACCCCUUGUCAAUGAGUUAAGGGCAUCUUUAUCCGUCAGGGCAGACAUGACGCAGGGCAGACCAUGGGAGGGAAAGCAGACACAAAACCGCCACAGCAGUGCACCGCGAAGCGGAUAUCGCGGCGCAGCAAGAAGAAGCCAACGGAGCAUCAAAGGCAACCCAAACCUAAUGCCGGCGGACCGGGUGGUCGUGCGUCCGAACAGCAUGACACCGACCAGCAAACGCUGGCAUCACCGGCGGGUGGUGCACCAACCGGUGGCAAGCGUUACCAGAGCACCCGUACGCAGGCGGCAUCGCAGCGCCGUGACCGGGCACGUAAGCUGGCGGCGGAAACGGAACGUACCGGUGGAUCGGAUGGUCGGGAUGGUUUGUCGCCCCACGAGCUAGCGAACGUACCGGCCGAUAUGCGCAUCUCGAAGUUGUUGCGCAGAUUGGUGGGUGAGAUGAAUCCGCACCUGUUUCUGGAGGUUUGUGACCGGCUGGAGGUAGUGAUUCUCGAUCCUUCGAACGCGUCCUACGUGCGCAAAUCGUUCGACAUUCUGGCCAACACCGUCAACACCAUACUGGAAGGUGGGUUACGGGAAUGUUACGAUCGGGUAGCACAGCUGUUUGGGAUGAUGCUGUACGUGCUGCUGGGUAGUGCAUCGGCCGACACGUCCGCCUUGCGCAACUGGACCAGUCGGUAUCUGAACCAGAGCAAAAGUAUCCGUCGCUCGGCACUAAUUGCGCUGCGACAGACCGUCUUGCUCGAUCGCGAUGGCCACAAACUGGAUGGUGGGAUCAACUGGUUGCUGGGGGUUUUGCAAGAAAUUCUCGAAACGACGAAUGUGCUGGACGUGUUUGUGCUGGUGACAGACGUGAUGGUCGAGCUGGCGGACCGGUACCCGAGACCGUUUUCGUCUCAUUUUAGCGACAUUGUGGAUAUAGUGGUCGGUUGGCAGCUGGAAAGCACACAAUCGACGAAGGUAAAGGUUCACUGUGCGCGGGUAUUGCUUGCGUUUCAACCGUACUGGUGCGAACAGCGUGACGUUACGUUCAAUCUGCUCGAACAGUUCAGCGAAGACAUCGAUGGACAGUGCGGGGACAUUGACUACAGCGACGAACAGCAACGGGACGACGGGAAUCGGCAGUUUGGUGCACUGCUCACCGCGUUCAACAGCGUGAUGAAGUGUUUGGGAAGUUCGACCGGUGAGUUUUUACUGCAGGAGGACGAGAUGAUGCGGUUCGACUGUUGCAGUGUCACCAUCGUGGAGAAUGUGUUCCGUCUGUUGGAAAGCCCACCGUCCGGGUUGGCGAUCGCUGCAAUAUGUGAGUUUGUUAUGCUAAAGCUAAUGCUACAUUCACCGACGACAUCCACCGACACGGAGGAAAUAUUUAGUCUGCUCACCAACAAGCUGGUACAGUACGCGGACACAUACAGUGACGAGCAGGUCGGUGCGCUGGUACAUCUUCUGCUGCGCUACAUCGAUGCCGAGGGGUCCGAAAAACAGCAAUGCCGUGUUCGGAUGUUACUGCCACUGAUCUUCCAGGAAGGAUCAUUUUACGCUUUACGUUACCGUCAAAAUCGUACGGUGCAACAGGUACUGCUUCUACUGUGCCAUCACAUACUGACACUCAAACACGUGGACAUACUCCAGACCGCCUACAGCGCCAUACUGGCAGAUAUCGAUGAUGCGCUGGGGAAGUUGCGCUCGGUUGGCAGCAGAACUCCAUCGAGGGCGAAUAUAUUACGCUUGCAGUACCGCAUCCAGUUUAGCCUGCUGCUUUUGUCUCCGCUCGCAAUGACCAGAAACUCGAUCUUCAUUACCUGGACGCUGAAAAAACAGCCCGUACUGCACGUGCUGCUUGACCGGCUAGCGCCAACCGAUGGUCGCCUGUGGGAUCAGCACAUCCAUACGCACCUGCACUAUGCCGUACUGCUGACAGCUUUCAAUCACUGCUCCGCAAACAAUCACUUCAUCUCUUCGAGCAGUUUGUUACAACCCGCCAACGCGUACGGUAUGGUCGAUCGCUUUCGCCGUGGCAGUCGUUCCGAAUCGUCUGCGACGGACAAGGAUGCACCACCGGAAAGUCCGACGGCCGAUCACUUUGGACUGGUGUUACGCUUUCUCGGCACCAUUCUUGGCCAGUGGAAGCGGGUACGACCAUCGAAACGGUACGAAUCGCAUAGGACCAAUCUACUGCUGCUGCUGCUCGACUGGUGUCUGGCGAUCGUAACGCAAACCACGCGUUACCAUGACAUCCUGCACGAUUGUGACGAUUUCAAUCAACUGCUCGUGCACGUUGGGACGAUUGCGGUGGAACAGGGAAGCGAGAGCGAAACGAUCGGGUUGCGAUGUGCGGACUGCCUCGAUGCGGCCUGCCAAUACAUGAGUUUGCACGUAUCCGCGUACCAAGCGAUUGCCGAAGCGUGCUGCGUCCAUCUUUGUUCGGUGUACGGCAGCUUGCGGACCCGUUACACCGUACUGUUUUCGAAGCUACCACUGCGCCACUCACUGCGUCAGGUGAACGAGUUUACGGGCGUUAAUAGGCGGCGCUGGGAGCAAAUUGGUGAGUUGAAAAAUGGCUUGUACCAGGGUGGUGGUGGAUACGGGUUGCAGCACUCUGCCACCCUGCGGAUGGCGGAUCUACGCAGUCUGUUCAAUCGCAUCACGUUCAGCCGGGACGGAGCAGGCUAUGCUGGCGGGUAUCUGCACGAACUGCUCACCCGUUCAUUCAAUCAACCUUCCCGGUACGGUGAGAUGGCACUCCGAGAUCUCCGGUGUCUCAUUCCGUGGGCCCAGUGGGAAGCAGCCCAACUAUGCGUGAACCACAAGCUACGUACACCGUUCGGCAAACCUCAGAGCACCUUUCUUCGCAUCGAAUCCAUCGUCAAGCAGUGUGCUCGCAUUCUAGCGCUAACGGAUAAGUUUCCCGUGCGCGACAUUCGCACCUCGAUAGUGAACCAAAGACACGCCCGCAUCCUGCUCGGGUUUCUGGAAGCGCUGGAAAAAUCGAUCUACAAUGCGGCCGAAGGUACGGCGUACGCUUUGCCCGCACCGGAAAAACCAGCCCGUACAUUUUUCCGCCUCAAUCAGCAAACGUGUGCGGAGUGGUUCACGCGCAUCCGGACGGCAGUAGAUCUCGUCGCGUUGCAUUGCAUGGAACCGGAAAUGGUGAUUCGUUACUCCGAGGCGGUACUGCGGGAGUUGGUCGCCGCUGGGAAAACGUCGGACCCGAUCUUCGAGCACAUGCUGAUGUCGUUGGUGUGGGCGUUGGUGCGGAACUGGGAGUCGGAUGCACUGUACGGUGUGUACGUCUGGAGCAAGCGGCUUACCGGGCGCAAAUACUCCUGGAUACGGAUGGCAGCGGAGGAAGCGUCCGGCCAUCGCGAGACGGCGGCUAGCGGAUUUCGUGGCAUUUUGGCCGAUCCGGGUAGCGUCGGGAUGGACCGGCACAUACGAGACUUUAUUGUGGAUCAAACCAUUCUCUGUCUACUGUUUACCGGUGACUAUCGGCAGCUGUACGAGUUUUUGCUUGCGGAAGAAGGUAGCGGAACACCAAGGGCCACCAUACCACUGAUUACCGUGACGGCGGCCCAGAUCAGCUCGAUCAUACGGUACGAGGAAACGCACGAUGUAAGCGUAAUUGAUAUCAGCCAGUGGGAGUUGGUGGACGUUGGUAACAACAUCCCGAACGAUUUUUCCUGCCACAAGAUGAUCUGUGCGGUGGAGAACAGUCUGUCUGGGAUUAUACUGCAGGAUCAGAUUGAACAGCGCGAGCGUAUGAUCGAUGCCAGUACCGAACUGAUCCAGUGCUAUCUGCAGGAAUGUCUUUUGACGCGCUGUCGCGAGUACCUGUUCCAGCUGACCAUCACCAAUCACAUCCUGUACAAGAUUGCGCAGCGCAUCCGGUCUCCGAACGUUAUGUCCGGGUCUACCGAAGGUUGCGGUCUCGGAUCGCUCAAUGUGGAGAAAUUCUACGGCACGCUCACACUGAUGCGAUUGCUGGCGUGGUCCGAAUUUUUGCUCGCCGAUGCAGGCGAUGGAUUCGAAGGUGAGCAGCAGAACAUCGACCUUCGGCUCGACAUGGUAUCGAUUGGCCGGAAGGAGAAAAACUAUGCGCUCAGUCGGCGGGAGCUAGAGAAGUACUACCACAAGUCAAACUUAGUUGGACGGCUGGAGGUUUUGGCGGAUGGUGAAAUUGGCGCUGACCGGCAACAACAGCACCGGCUAACGCUAGAACAGGUAGCGUCCGCACUGAUGAAGUCUGAUCAACCGCGAGGCCUGUGGGACGAGAACCUAUCGCGGGCGGUGUAUGAACACUGCAAGUGGCUCUACUGUCAAUCGGGCAAACGGCUCGAGGCGAUAGAUUUUGCCGCCUGUGCAACGGCUGUCAUCGACGGUGAGCUGACGCGUCGCCGGGAUGAAGAACCCAAACAAACGGCGAAACAUUCCGAACGAGUCGCCCGAUUUUUGCUCACCAUCAGCGAUUGGAUGGCGGGUGAGGCGGGAGAACCGUGCGCCAAUGAACUUCCGAGCGUGACACGCUUGGGGCAGCUGCUACCGUCGAUCGACGCGAAACCACUGACGGUGCAACAUGCCGGCAUAUUUGGUCCAUCGGAUCGAUUGAUAGGGACGCUGCUGCAGGGUGCCGUAGAUCGUUGUCCACCGUUGGCGAAAGCAUGGUUCGCACUCGGUUCGUGGCUGUACCGAUGGGGCAAACGGAUCGUGGAACAUAGUGCGGCCGAUGGGUCAAGUGCACGGAUCAGCGUAGAUCAGGUGGCAGCCAUACUGGCCGGUCCGACGGUAUCGAUGGAGGAUUGCGAGCGUAUCGUGGGAAUAUUGAACGAUCACGAACCGGCACGCAUUGUGAUCGGUGUCGAUAGUGAUCGUGAUGCGGAAGACGCGGACGAACUGGAUUUGGACAGUUCGGCGACGAUCGGUUCGAUUGGGCUGUUGGAUGCUUUGCAUCGUGCAAUGCCAGGGCUGGAAGGUAAAGUGCCACAGGAAAGUCUUCACGCGAUCAUCGAUAUCUGGCGCAGUAAUCAUCGGGCCGUGUACGGUUACUACGAGGCAGCGGCUGAAGCCUACUUCCGAUUUCUUCAACUAUCGUCCGGAAGGAACGACACAACGUCGGAAGGUGUUGAUAGUGAGCGGGCCCGAUCAGUCACCGUCACGUUGCGGCUGUUGCGGCUUAUCGUGAAACAUGCGCUCGGCCUGAAGGAAGUCCUCGAGGAAGGACUCGCAACAACGCCCAGUGAACCGUGGCGCGUUAUAACACCGCAAUUAUUCUCCCGUCUGGCCCACCACGAACCAUACGUCAGGCGACGCGUUUCGGAACUGCUGUGUCGUGUGGCGAAGGAUGCACCGCACUUGAUUAUCUUCCCCGCUGUAGUUGGUUCGGUGCAAGAGGAAUCAAGCCAGUUGGCUGUGGUGGACGUGUUAAGAGACGGCGUGGAGGAGGUAUCUAGUCGGAUUAAUGAACCCGUCGAUCAAUCGCAAUCACUCGGUGCUUCAGGGUUAGGUUUCUGCUUCAACGCCCUGCUGGACAUUCUAUCACGCGAAAUCCCCGACACGGUAAAACAGGUGCAAACGCUCGUUCACGAGCUGAGACGAAUUUCCCUUCUGUGGGAAGAGCUGUGGGUAAUGUCGCUGCAACAAAUCUACGCCGACUACACCAAACGCAUGCCGACGUUCGAGAGCGAAUACCGGCGGUUGUAUUCAUCCGGUCAGCUAACCGAACAACGACGCACAUUGUUGGCUGAAAAGCAUCGCCUGCUGUUACGCCCGCUGCUGUUUGUGCUGGAGCAACUGUACGGCAUCACAUCGCGGAAGGCUGAAACAAGUCACGAAAGACAUUUCCAAGCCCGGUACCAUCGCUACAUCCGGCACAUGCUGGCGAAACUACGCGAACCGGCUGACUUUACGCUACCGAUCGAAGGUUGGAACCGGUUCCGAACGCUCUACACCCAGCUAAAACAGCGUAGCCAGAAACGCUUCUCGUUCUUCCUGCGGCUCGGUGAUGUCAGUCCGAAUCUACUACGUUUGUCCAACACCGCCAUUGCGAUGCCCGGUAUCGACACAACACUUGCCGGCAGCCGGCAACCCAUCCUGAUCCGUUCGGUAGACAACAACAUUCAGAUCCUGCCUACUAAAACGCGCCCGAAGAAGCUAACCUUUUGCGGGAACGAUGGCCGUCGCUUUGGCUAUCUGUCAAAGGGCCUGGAGGAUCUGCAUCUGGACGAGCGUAUCAUGCAGUUUCUCUCGAUCGCUAACCUAAUGAUGACGAAAUCGAUCGACUGCAAUGGUAACGUAACGCACUACCGGGCGGAACACUAUUCCGUCAUACCGCUCGGGCCACGUUCGGGACUAAUCACCUGGGUGGACAAUACGGUGCCCAUCUUUUCGCUGUACAAAAAGUGGCAGCAGCGGGAAGCGUUGCAGAAAAAGGAAACCAAGGGCGGCGGUAGCGCUGCAUUACAAUCGUCCGAACUGUUCUACAACAAACUGAAGCCACUGCUCCAGAGCCAUGGUUUGAAACCGAGUGCCAGUCGACGGGAAUGGCCACUGGCAGUGUUGAAGCAGGUGCUGGCCGAGUUGCAGCAAGAAACGCCACGUGAUCUGCUGGCAAAGGAGCUGUGGUGUCACAGUGCGACGGCUUCCAGCUGGCGGCAGGUCAUCCGCAGCUACUCCCUAUCGCUCGCCGUAAUGAGCGUGAUCGGGUACAUUAUUGGGCUUGGCGAUCGGCAUCUGGACAAUGUGCUGGUGAAGUUAGCGACCGGUGAGAUCGUACACAUCGACUACAACGUUUGCUUCGAGAAGGGCAAAACGUUGCGAGUGCCGGAAAAGGUACCGUUCCGUAUGACGCCGAAUCUGGAGGAAGCAUUGGGUUUAACCGGUAUCGAGGGUACCUUCCGUUUGGCGUGUGAGCACGUGCUGAAGUCGCUGAAGAAGGGCCGAGAAACGUUGCUCACAUUGCUGGAAGCGUUCGUGUACGAUCCGCUGGUCGAUUGGGCGAUCGGUGAAGAGAUCGGCAGCGGACUGCCAAUGACUGCGACCGACAUUACCGUCUCGACGGCAGCUGCUGCCUCAAACGCACCCGGCACCGGUCAGGGUGCGUCACGCUACAUAAGCCAGGCCAAGAAGCAGCUAGAUCGGGAAGUGACGCGCGAUACGCUCGCGGUACGGUUUGCCGAAUGCCGCACCGAUUGGUACCAGAACCGGGACGAUAUGCUGCAACAUCUGAUCUGUUUGCAGAAGCUGCUGCGUGAUCUUCGCGAGGUACGAACCGAACUGGUCGAAUCAGAACGGUUGCGUGCCUCGCUGUCCCAGCAGCUGCAGUUGAUCGGUGAGGUAGAGUAUCUCGAUACCGCAUUCAGCAGUCAUCCGUUGGCGAGCCUAACACAUCGGUUGAGUAUGCGCUCCCGUCUGCAAGAAGUGUAUGCGAAUCAGCGCGAAAAGCUCGCUCAGCAGGCUAAGCUGUUCAGCGAACAGCUCGAGGACUACGACAAAUAUCGGCAUGAUAUGCAGGACCAAGAGCAGCUGGAGAUGUUGAGAUAUGAACUAGCGGACGUUCCCGACCUGGUACAGACGGAUGAUGAUACGCAGCAUCUGUUGAUUGCCUUCCUGCCGAAGGACGAUCCCGGUUACGUUCAGUACUCCUUUGCCCGUACGGAACUAAGCGAGCUGCAGCGAAGAGCUGCACCGGUGGCAGAAAAAAUCGUCCAACUGCUCGAACAGUACGGUGUGCAACUAUCGCCAGGCGAUUCGCUGUUGGAUCAUCCACUGCAUCACUAUGCCAACUGGUACAAGCAACUUGCCGAGAGUAAUCCAGAACCGGCGGCAGCACUGGAGACGACCACUACGAUCGUACGCGAGCAUGAGAAAACGCGAAAGCUACAACUUGCGGCCCAAAGCAAACAGAAGGAAGAUGAACAAAGUCAAACGGACCUGCUCGAGGCGUGUGUGGAGCGGAUCAUGGUGUUAAAUCGUGCCUUGAUUGAUGCGGAACGUGCUAUCGUGGAUGGUGUUGAAGAACCGAUACGGACAGUAUCAAACGUAGCUAGUCAUCUAUUGGAAGAAUGCUCCCGCCACCAAGGACUGAUCGCCGAUAGCACCCUGGACCGGUGCUUGCAUCGUACGGUGGCAGAAUAUAAGCUGCUGGAGCAGUUGUACGAAAUGUCGGUACCGCUGCAAGACGGAUAUCGGAGGCGCGACGGGGCUAGCGACCGUGAGAUGCAGCUGAACGAACAGUUCGAACAGUUGGUGCUGAAUGUAGAGCACUGUUUGCGGGCAGGCCAAUGGGACAGCGGAGCUAUCGGUGAGGCAGGGGAGAUAGCACGCAUGUUGGUUGACAGCUGGACCGAGCUUAUGUCGGAAGAUGGGCUCGGUGACGAUGUGGUGCUAGCGUUCGAUGAUUUGCUCAAGACGACGAGCAUGCCUUGGAUUGAAACUUCUCCGGAGAAGUUGACGGAGCUGGGGGAGACAAUCAAUCAGCUGAAUGAAGCAGCGCUGCUGGGCAUUUGGCACUACAAUCUUCCCGAACCAACGGCACAGCAUAUAUCCGAGCUGAGCGAAACUCUCGUACAGGCUGCGAAACUUCAAACGAUCUACGAGCUCCGUUAUGGCGCACUACCUCAGCAAACCGACGAAACCAGCGCCUCCUCCUCCUCCUCCAUCUCAGUGGAUCGGUUUAUCAAGCGCUUUGUUCGGUUGCGUCUCGCAGGUCGCGGACCAUUGGCAGCUCUCAGUGUGGUGCAAAUUUCUGCCGGUUCGAAGACUGCCGGCACACGUCCGGCUUUGCUCACUUCGAUUGACUCCCACUGGCUACAGGAUCUGACCGAGGCAGUUCAAUCACUCGCACCAAUUCCGACACUACUGCUGACGUCGCUCGAUCAGCUAAAGCGUCACACGGAAGCACUUCGCAACCGAUUAGCUUGGGCAUCAGCAGCACAUCCACCGCUGUGCCCGUUGGAGCUGCCGGUCGCCUUCGAGCAGAGUAGCUCCCACUGUGUCGAGAGUAGCAGCAAGUGGAUACAGUCGCUCGAGCGCAUUCUACGGUACGGGCAGAUAGUGUUGCGUUACGAAAGCACACGUCAUUGCGAUGAAUCGUCGCUGGCGAAUGAGUUCGGUAGUAUGGUUGAACGGUGGCAAAAAACGCUAACCGGCUAUACGGUGCGUGGUGCAUCGUUCGUCUCACCGACGGAGGAAGCGUUGGUGGAGUUACUCGAUCCGGAAGGCUCCAUUGAUCCUACCUGGAUCAGCAAUGUGCGCGCGCUGAUUGACGAUAUGACGGAUCAGGUGCUGACGAAGCUUGCACGCCUGGAGCAGGAUGAGCGAACGCUGCAGACGGCACUGCAGGCCGCCGCCAAACAUCUGUUAACGCUCGUACACAAGCACGACGACGUGGUGGGUGACAUUCGGUCGCUGCUACGGACACAGCUUCGCAUCGGAGGCUCCCCAGCGUUGCGGGACUAUCUGCAGCGGUAUCGACGCUUCCUCGAUCUGUUGCACAACGCACACGAAGCGGUUUUGACGAUGGUGACCCAAAUCGCACAGGAACCGUCCAAUACGACCGGUACGUCCUGGACGGUGGACGAUGCGGAAGAGAUGGUGGAUGAACUGUUAGCGCUGCUGCAUGACGUAUUCGAGCAGCUGUUCCAGUUCGAUGAACCACCGGAUGAGGAUGCGGACCAGGGUGAAAAGGAGACCGCCGACGGUGAACGGGAGGAGGACGAGGAGGAUGACGAUGUCAGCGGGACGGACGGUGCGUCCUCUUCAGUUCACCUACACGACCCUGCGCCACCACCUGCUGAUCGAAAAGAACAGAAACAGAAGGAGCAGAAGGAGCAAAAGCGUAACGCGUACGCCGUAUCGGUAUGGCGACGCAUCCGCAUGAAGCUGGAAGGGCGCGAUCCGGACCCGGUGCGACGCUGCGGUGUGACGGAACAGGUCGCCUGGAUGAUAGACGAAGCAAUGGAUCCGAGCAAUCUUGCCGUACUGUACGAAGGCUGGACACCGUGGGUUUAGUAGAAUCCAUCCCUGCGAGCAGCGUUACCCAACGAGAAGCGUUACUAUGGAAAUGGUUGUUUAAGAUGGAGGCGCCUGGUCGAUCGUAAACACCACGGAGGCGCGAUACACAGCACAAGUGCUGUUUUGCAGCAUCAUUACCACCGUACAUAAUAUGUGAGGUCGAUCAAUAGUGGUUUUGUUUAAGGUAUAUUAUUAUUUUCUUCUCUUUUUCAUUUUGUGACUUUGUGGCAAGGGACUGAACCCAGUGGCGCGGUGAGAAUCAUGUUGAAAAAUCAAGUUUCUUAAGCUGUAAUAUGCACAAUAUAGCAAAUUUUAGUUACAAUUUCCGUUUUCGAAUGGCAACAAUCCUUGAGUUUUGUACCAUGAUAACCAUUAGGCAAAAUCAAAAGGAAAAAUAGCACUUUUACCGGGACUCACACAAAAAAAAAACGGUUUUUGUUUGUAUACUGCAAAAAUAAAUAAAAUGCUGUCGAACGAAUUAUAUAUAGGAUGUAAGUGGUGCAAGAGAGAAGGGGCUAGUUACAACAACUAAAAGCAGAGCAUAACGCAUCUCGAUUGUGAAUUGAGAUCGGAGAAGGAGAUCGUGAAUUUUGUUUUAAUAAGAGUUUUUUUUUGCUGCUUUUGAUUCAUUUGAGAAUGUAUUAUCGAGAGUGUGUGUGUGUGUGUGUGUGCGUGCGCGCGUCUGUACAUUUCGUGUAGAGUGGACAAAAUCAUGUGUACAUUAACCAAUAACUGUGUUUCUGUGUGCGUGGCUCGUGUAUUAUGUUUAAUUUUGAAACUUUGAUCGUUCAAAUCGGUUAGUGCGCGCGCGUUUAGCAAUAUAUAGGUGUACAGGAUAAUACAGUGAACAAUUUGAAAUGAAAA